AGGAGUAACUCUGUCACCUGCUUGUGCAAUGCAUUUCUAAUAAGCUUCACUGGGAGAGUAGAGGAUCUGGGAGCUCUGAGGAAGAAUUGCUGGAGUGAGCCAUGCAGAGCACCGACUUGAGCCAGACUUUAGCCAAAAGUUGUGCAAGGAGUUACAGCACAGGAAAAUCCCUCCUUGCAGAAGAGCUGCAGGCAGACUCUGCCUGUGCAUCUGUGGGCAAUGUGAGAAGGCGCUGGUGACCGCAAGGUAACAGAUGGCCGGAGGGUCCGUGGUGAGCGCGGAACAAAGCGCUGCGCAUCCCGGGCUGUGCCACCCAGCCGUGCCGAGGGCCAUUGUCCCCGCCCGGCCGCGAAAUCCCCAUUCCACGCUUAGGAGCUGCAGAAAAGAGCCUCGCUCUCUCAGACCUGCAAAAGAGCAUCUCCCCAUGUCGUUCAUUGAAAAUAUGGAAAGGGCAAUGCAUAUAGAAAUCUAAUUAUUGGCAGGCACAGCCCGGCUUUUAGCAUGAUAAUCGUGGGCCCUGGAGCUUUCUUGUGCACGGACCCCUGAAAGAUAAUCAUGAAAGCAGAAGUUAAAACUAUUGAAUUUCCGUCAUUCAUUCAAAAUCCGCUUUGAUUAUGUUGACACGAUUUUUGUUUGUUCCUACACGGCGAUGAGAAGCUGUUAUUAAUCACUUCUAAAUAUUUCAGAGACAAAAGGGGCUGCCCGGCCGGGGCGAUGGGGACAGCGGUGCGGACUGGGAAGGGUGACGGCGGGGUGUCCCUGAUGUCCCCAGCGCUGGGAAGGGGGAAGGGGUGAAGGGGUAAGGGAUCGGUGCCGCCGCCCCCCGGCACCUCCAGCCCACCCCUCUCCCUCCCGCCGCCCUUAAAGCCCGGCCCGCGCCCGGCCGAGCCUCCAGCCCAUGGCCACGGAGCGGGGCUCGCUCGGGCUUCUGGCCCUGCUGCCAUCGCUGCUGCCAUCGCUGCUGCUGCUGCUGCUGUCCCGGGCGGGCAGUGCCGACCGCUGCAGCUGGAGGGGCAGUGGUUUGAGCUGGGAGCCCCGCUCCCGUGCCGUGGAGCAGGUGCACCUGCGCUGCACCGAGGGCUCCCUGGAGUGGAUGUACCCAGCGCGAGCCCUGCGGGUGCUGCUGGAGCCCAACGUGGCCAGCGCCCAGCACAGCACGGUCUGCAUCAAGCCCGCCAGCGACUUCCAGGGCGCCAGCAUCUACGUGGAGCGUGCAGGGCAGCUGCAGCUGGUGCUGAGCGAGGCCGAGGGGGCCCGGCCCCAGCACGUGUCCUGCUUCAGCUCCCCCAGCCCGCAGCGAGCGGCCCUGUUCCUGCAGGCCAGCCCGCAGAGGGACAUCAGCCGCCGCACCGCCAGCUUCCAGUACAAGCUGCUGAGCAACCAGAGCGCCGCCGGCCCCGACUUCCCAAAGAUGGCCCUGCUGGAAGCUAUGUGCCGUCCUUGUGACAACAUGGAACUCCUUAUGGCCAUUUGCAGCAGUGAUUUUGUGGUGAAAGGAUCCAUCCGAAAUGUCUCCCACGACUCAGAGAACCACAUGUCCCAGGUCGAUGUCAGUGUCCAGAAAGUCUACAGGCAGAAAAACCGAAUUUUCCAGCAGGAGGAAGGGGGUGGGGAGUGGAGAGGCCCCAUCCAAACCCUUCUGCAGUGCAAGGUGAAGCAGGGAGGGGGAGAUUUCCUCUUCACUGGGAAUGAACACUUUGGGGAAGCCUGGCUGGGCUGUGCCCCUCGCUUUAAGGAUUUCAUCUUGGUUUACCAGGCUGCCAGAGAAAGGGGAUCCAACCCUUGUGAGUUUGAGCUCAACUGACAUCAGAGACACUGUUGCUGAGAGUUGAAAAAUUUCAGCCCAGUCUUUGGAUACUGAAUGUGGAGCAGAAUUAAAACCAAGGACUAAAAAAAAAGUUAACAAUUCCACCCGAACUGGGAUCUGGAGGAUUUCCUGAAGAUAGUGGCUCUGUGAGCCCUGUGAACUCAGACUUUGAACUCACAUUAAUUUCUCUUUCUUCACAUUUUCUUUGCCUCACAAAAUAACUCUGGAUUUUGGAAAGACACUCUUUUGGGGAAGUUUAGAAAGCAGCCUGUGCUCAGUACUAGAAAAGUCUCUCUAAAAUCUCUUGCUCUGUGAAAAUCUUAUGUGCUUUUUCUCUAGAUAUUUUUCUCCCCUCCCCAGUCUCUGCUUGAUUUCUCUUCCUUUACAGGCAAAUGUGA